AUGAGGAGCUUAACUCCUCGGCUCCUACGCGAACAUGUACCAGUUGUCAGAGCUCCGGCUACAUCAAGAGUGAGAGGCCUUCCUAUCAAAAGGCUUCCCGGCGUUCCAUCUGGCCCAGGGGUAUUACAGAAGUGCGAUAAGCUAAAAAUCCCAGACAGCCCUAGGAUUGAGAACUUACGUAAAAAGUCAGAAUAUUCAUCGAAAGACCAAAUAAAUGACUUUAUUCAAUCCCAAGUUCGAAAAGCCGAGGAAGACAUAGCUGCAAGCGUUAUUCAGCAGCAUUGGAGAGAGACAAUGGAGAGAAGAAAAAAUCGUGUUAUUAAAGAGCCUGUGAAGAUGAAACCUUUAUCAAUUAAAUACAAUUUUGUCCAUCCUAUCAUGAUGAAAUGGCACGAAUUAGCUGAAGAUUUCCACGUUAUGAAGAGAAUACCAUCAGCAUACUCUUCAUAUUUGAUGAGAAAACAAUUUGGUCCUUUAUUUUGGGCUUUUCAAAUUCUCAAACGGAUUAAUAUAAUGAAAAACCACAAUAAAUUCUACAAAUACGAGUGCUAUAAGUACUUUCUCAUAGAAUGGAAUAUUUAUCAUGCAAACAUCCGUCGACAAGAAAAAUUAGAUAAAAAUUCAAUUAAAUUUAGACGACAUCACCUUAUUAUCCGUUCUUUUGCAGCCCUAAACAAUUAUAUGGUUGAGCAAAAGAAUAAAAAUAUUGCAAUUAGCCCUUAUAAACUUAAUAAGUUAUUAUUGACAAAAUGCCUUAAGAUUUUGCAAUAUAACGGAAAGUUACAACAUUUCAUUAAACAAAAGAAGCAUAAAAUUAUUUCGAAUUGGUAUUUGUUAAUAGACAGAAAAAUACUGAAUCGAAAUGCUUUAAAUUUACUUCAAAUUCGCACUAACCUUCAACUAUUUAAGAAAUACUUUACUAUUUGGCAGAAAAAUAGUUCAGAUUACUUAAUAUCAGAUUCCCUCAUCACAUAUAGCAUUCGCAAGCAUCGAAAUGAGCUCACACCUUUCUUUUACCUUAUGCAAGGCGAUUUUAUACACUAUACAUUUAUUAAAGCGUUUGUACUUUGGAAAAAUCGAAUUGCAAAGUCUCAUACAUCCCAUUCCUUUGCUGCCUUCGCAAUUAACGAUUCACGCCAAAUUACGGUGAAGCGAUAUCUCUUUGAAUGCUUUAAAUUCAACGCUGGAAUGAAAUGCCAGAAAAUUUUUUCUCCAUUUAAAACUCAUCAGCAAGUCCAACAGUCACAUAGGAAGAGGAGAAGUGUUUUUAUGUUCACAGAAGUUACCGAUCUUGAUCUACAAUACACUCUUAAAGCUCCAACUUCUAAUCUUAUUGACGCGCUUCAAAAUCAAUUUACUCAAGAGGAUCCAUGCGGUUCUCUUGAAACAUUAAAUCGUUUCCAACUACGAACUGUCCUUUACCAUUUAAUUUUAAUUUACGGUUGGAGAGAUAUGAGACAAGAUCUAAUCAAGACGCACAAAUCAUUCAAAAUUACACCAGAGAUCUUUUUUGAAAAGAAAUUUAAGCGAAAUAUGAAGAAAUUGCGAAAAUAUAAAUUACAACUUGAAAAUGUCAUUAAAAAGGAAAGUUUUGCACUAAGGCGUCGCACGCAGCGUGACCUGACCAUCACAUCUGCACACGAUGCACACGAAGCUGCAAAAGAAUGGUCGGAUCUUGAUCCAAGAUUUAAAGUAGUAUCCGAAACGAAGCCGAUUUCAUCGGUAACAAUACUCACAGAAGAGGUGAUGAACAAUAAUGCAUCAUCAUCUCCUGCAAAUACGCCAGAAACGCAUCCUCUGCUGAGAAAACUUUCUGAAGUAAGAGACGAUUUCAUGAAAUUUCAGCGAUCUCUCAGAAGAGCACCAAAAGAAAUUUUUCCCGAGUUCAGGGCAGGAUUCCACAUUGCCUUUCAUAAUAAUUCCCCUGCAACUGAAGAUCCUCAAGCGAUUCAAGCACUUUCGAUGAUAGAAAGCCCUUCACAGGCAUUCAAAAUACCUCAAAGUAAGAACAAUCGAAAGUUUGCUCUUCAAGAGCUCCAAGAUUUAAUUGGUCCAAAUUAA